GCAAGAGUCAGUGUUGACACAUGUCGAUAUAUAUAAUAAAACAUCCACAAUAUGUUUGAUACAGCAAUAUGUGAUUACGUCUUUUUGUUUUUGGUAGGUUGACAAAAUCACAUAACUGGCAACCCAGUCAGUCAGCGUGCAUGCGGUAUUGUGUUGAGCAGCAGACUCCCGGCAGGGAUCCCCAGGGUUACACACACAGCGCUGUUUAGAUGGCUGACAGAAAGGAGUAACUUAGUGAACGGUGCUGCAUAUACUCUGUGAUCAUCCAGCAAGUGUCUCGGGGCACGAAUAACGACACAAUGGAGGAAGAAUUUGAAGAUAUCGAUUCGUCCGGGAGAUGGCAAAACCUCUUCAAUGAGAUCCGUAACCAGGCCAGUGAAUAUCCCUACAAAGUGGCGAAGCUUCCAGCGAAUCGGAAUCUGAACCGCUACAGAGACGUCAGCCCAUACGACCACAGUCGAGUGAAACUCGAAAACUCUGAAAAUGACUACAUCAACGCCAGUUUAGUCAUGGUGGAGGAAGCCCAGCGAGCCUACAUUCUCUCUCAGGGGCCUUUGAGGAACACCUGUGGUCAUUUCUGGCUGAUGAUUUGGGAGCAGUGUUCCAAAGCUGUUAUAAUGCUCAACAGAGUCAUUGAAAAGGAAUCUGAGAAGUGUGCACAGUACUGGCCCAUCACAGAGGAGCUGCAGAUGUCUUUCACGGACACAGGGUUCGUUGUCAGGCUGCUUUCAGAGGAGGACCGGUCCUACUACACGGUCCGAGUGCUGGAGCUGCAGAACACAGUGACGGGGGAGUCGAGGGAGAUCUACCACUUUCACUACACCACGUGGCCUGACUUCGGUGUCCCGGAAUCCCCGGCCUCCUUCCUCAACUUCCUCUUCAAGGUCCGGGAGUCUGGCUCGCUGGGACCGGAGCACGGGCCCUCGGUGGUGCACUGCAGCGCCGGGAUCGGACGCUCGGGGACCCUCGCCCUGGUUGACACCUGCCUGGUGCUGAUGGACAGGAGGAAGAACCCGUCUUCGGUGGACAUCCAGAAGGUGCUGCUGGACAUGAGGGAAUACCGCAUGGGCCUGAUCCAGACCCCCGACCAGCUCCGCUUCUCCUACAUGGCCGUCAUCGAGGGAGCCAAGCUCAUCCCAGCAGUAAACUCAGCAGCCCAGCAGAACAAGCAGACAGGGAUGUCCAGAGACGGCUUGGAGGUGCCAGAACUGCCCCCUCCGUCACCACCACCUCCACCCCCACCACCAACUCCACCCCGGCCUCACCUCAACGACAGCAUGCCCAACGGUCAACCAGGACCCCGUCUGGAGCUCCAGGCCGCCUCGGAAGACCACCUGUCGGCAGGGGUGCCGGACGGCCACAGCGUGGCAGAGGACUCGGGGCACAUCAGAAAGCGGCACCGCGAGGAGAGGAUCGCCAGCACCGCGCAGAAGGUCCAGCAGAUGAAACAAAGACUGAGCCACUCGGAGAGGAAACGAGACAAGUGGCUGUACUGGAGACCCAUCCUGCUCAACGUCGGCGCCGGGGCGGCCGUGGCCGUCGGCCUGCUGGUGUGCUGGAUAUACUCCCAGUGAACACACUUUGGAAAGAAAACAAAAAAAGAAAUGGACUCCUAUUUUGCACCAGUACCUGGGAUUAGGUACUCCCCUAAGUAGACGUAGACGGUAACACGAGCAUAACUGAGGGUAUUUAUUUCUUAAGGUCAGAAAUUGCGGGAGCGCUAGAUCAAAAAUACGAUUGUUUGUGUGUGUGUGUGUGUGUGUGUGUGUGUGUGUGUGUGUGUGUGUGUGUGUGUGUGUGUGUGUGUGUGUGUGUGUGUGUGUGUAUUUUUCAUGUUAAGAUCUUAACAAACAAAAAAAAAAUUAGUAACAUCUCAGGAUCUUGGUGCCAGCACGACGAUUUCAUUUUCCUUCUUGCCACUCGAUGAAUGUACUGUAUCAUAGUGAACCGCUUUGAGAGCAAACUUACGAAAGGUGCAGUGCGAAGCAAGAGAAUAAUAAUAACUCUGACGCGUUUAGUUUUUUCCUUAUUUGUAACGGUCAGGUGCGUGUCGAUCGUCCGUGGACACCUUUAACAUUUCAAAUGACUUGUUGCGUUGACUGUCCGCCCCACCAUGAGACCCCAGAGUCUAGAGCCAAAUAGUUGUUUUUUUCUUCAAUGAAAUGUGCAUAUCAUGCACACAUUUAGAGGUUUUUCCAGAGCACCACUUGUUCUUCCACUCACAUUUAGCAGGGCAUCCCGAUACGGCCAGAUAUAUAUUUUUGUGUGACUGGAUACUUCAUGGAGAGCUGCCCUGCUGAUGUUUCAAACCUCUUUUUUUCUGUUAUAUGAGCACCUUUUUUCAUAAGUUUUGGUUGUCUCGUUCAUCGUAAAAGUUCGUCACUGUUUAGUGCGUGUAUUUACCCACUGGAUGGGUUUAUGUGUGUACUUUCAGGGUGUUUUUGUUUUUUUGAGGAAAACCAAAGCAAAGGUGUCUGUAACAGCCAGGCAAGGUGUUAAAUGAAUGAAAUCUUGUCCUGGAAUGUAUUUUUUCCGUUGGAAUCUCUUGAACAUAACUGACACAAAUAUCACGGGCGACUUCUUAAUUUGAACACAUUGAAGCGGCGACAAAUUGGUUGUGAAUUGACUGGGACCAAUCUAAAGCUAUAAUGGUGCAAUUGAGAAGUUGGAGCAGAGCACCUUGGGAUUGUAGUCGGGAGAUCGUUAGGUGUUUGAUCGCUGGUGGAGAUAGCUUUAAAUGUGCCUUGAAGUGAAUUUAAUUAAAAGAAAGAAAACAAAAAUGGGUGUGCUCUAAGGUUCCCUAGCAUGAUCAGAUAAAGGUUCACGAGAGCUGCUGUUUCCCACGUAACACAUUAGCGCUGCAUUCACCGGUUUGUAGCAACUUGAGGUGUGGUACAGGGAGUGGUAUCAGGAGUUGAUUGUACACCAAAUGUGUCAUAAGCAUGUACUGACCCCUUGAGAUGAAAUGGGUGUGUGGCUGAUUCGCCAUUUGCCGCCGUUGGACAUGGUUUUGACUCGUUAGCCCAGAAGAGACGCAUUUGACCGUAACAUUCCAUUCAUGUUGUUUUUCCACAUCUAAGGUUUCAGGGGAGUUUUUGUACACUGCUAAAUGCUGCAGUGAGAACAUGAUGGAUGGUGUUUUUGAAAGAGGAAAAAAAGAGCAAACAAAACAUGAAAUACUUCCUAAAAUAAAACAUUCAUCUUUUUUUUUUUUUUACCAAACCCUU